CUUUUAAAACAAGUAAACCCUAAACCAGUCUCUAACUGACUCAUCCCAACUUCGCCGUCUUCUUUCGCCAUGGCCGCCCUCAUGAACAUAUCGUAGUGAAGGACACGCGAGAGAACUCGCCGGUGGGAAGAGAUCCAGAUCCCCUACGACGGUGACGGGAAGUGAAGCGAAGCGAUGGCGGCGAUUAUGGAAGGCUCUGCGUGACGGAGAAUUCACUCGAUCGUCUCGCCACCCGUCCGUUCGGUGGCUGAGCUGAAAAAUCCUCGCAGCGCAUAGCGCCGCAUGCACGCUCUCCGGCCCUCCCGUUAACCUUCACGUUCGGAGAAUUCACUCUAUUGAUUAACACAAUCUUGAGAUUUUGGGGGACCUAGCGCUGGCGCUGACGCCAAAACAUUCAUUGAAUCCUUCUCAAUUGCCGUUCCAAACCAAACCUUCGUGGCGAUUACCUAGUUUGAUCUGUAUGAAGUUGCUUUAAGAUUAUCACGAUGGCAAAAACUGAAGACAUUAGUAAUGGAAUGCCUAAGAAUGAAGUCAAGGACAUGGUUUCUGAGGCGACUGGUUUUGGUAAAGUGGAAGACAUCUCGCCAGAUUUAUUGAAGAACACACCUUCAAACAUUUCCAGAUUGGAGGAUGUGAUUGAGCAUUGUAAGGGUCGGCAGAAAUAUCUUGCUCGAACAAAGAGCCCUUCAGAUGGGGAAGAUGUCAGGUGGUAUUUCUGCAAAGCCACGCUCAUGGAAAGAGAGUUUGCAGCUUCAGUUCCUCGGACUGAGAUAGUAGGGAAAAGUGAUUAUUUCAGAUUUGGUAUGAGAGAUUCUCUUGCACUAGAGGCUUCUUUCUUACAGAGGGAGGAAGAGCUACUCUCGCACUGGUGGAAAGAGUAUUCAGAAUGCAGUGAAGGUCCAAGCGGAUCUCGUUCAACUGUUCAUGAUGCUAUUAACUAUGGAUGUGAUGGACUUCACUCAGUUGAGGAAGAGAGAGUUGGUGUCCCUGUAAAGGGAGGCCUUUACGAGGUAGAUUUAAUAAAGAGACAUUGUUUCCCAGUGUAUUGGCACGGGGAAAACCGGCGUGUUCUAAGGGGCCACUGGUUUGCUCUUAAAGGUGGCCUUGAUUGGCUUCCCUUGCGUGAAGAUGUAGCAGAGCAGCUGGAGCUAGCUUAUCGUCAUCAGGUAUGGCAUCGCCGGACAUUCCAACCUUCAGGCCUGUUUGCUGCACGUAUUGAUCUACAAGGCACUAAACUGGGCUUGCAUGCUCUUUUUACAGGUGAAGAUGACACAUGGGAGGCUUGGUUAGUCUAUGAGAAUUCAGCUUUUGUUCUUAAUGUGGGUAGAGGAAUUGGAAUCAAACUAAGGCGUGGGUUCUCAUCUUCUGGAUCUCAAAAGCCCACUCAGGAUGAGCUACGGCAGCAAAAAGAGGAGGAGAUUGAUGAUUAUUGUUCUCAGGUCCCUGUUGGACAUCUGGUUUUUAUGGUUCAUGGUAUCGGUCAAAGAUUAGAGAAAGCCAAUUUGGUGGAUGAUGUUGGUGAUUUCCGCCGUAUUACUGCUAGUCUUGCUGAAAGACACUUAACUCCAUACCAAAGAUGCACUCAGAGGGUUCUUUAUAUUCCUUGCCAGUGGAGAAGGGGCUUGAAGCUAAGUGGAGAAAGUGCAGUUGAAAAGAUCACUUUGGAUGGUGUUCGAGGUCUGCGUAUGACCUUAAGUGCCACAGUGCAUGAUGUCUUGUAUUAUAUGAGUCCCAUCUAUUGCCAAGCUAUUGUUGACUCGGUCUCCAACCAGUUGAACAGGCUGUACAUUAAGUUCAUCAAGAGAAACCCUGGAUAUAAUGGGAAGGUCUCCAUUUAUGGCCACUCAUUAGGAAGUGUUCUAUCUUAUGACAUCCUUUGUCACCAACAUAAUCUUUAUUCUUUUCCUAUGGAAUCUGUGUACAUGGGAGAUGUUGAAGGAUCUUCUCUACAAGAUGAAUCAAACAAACUGGCCUUGACUACUAGUGUUGAAACUUCAGAAAAUAGCAACAAUAAGAUAAAUGAUAUAUCUCCCGAGCAGCUUGAAUCUGCAGUUGUUGAAGCGAGCUCCAUUCAAAAUAGGAAUCCAAUGCCCAAAGAGGAAAAUUCUCUAGGCAUUUCACCCACCACUGAUUCUUUUUGGAAGGAAGAGCCGCGAGACCAUUCAAAUGCUGCAGUGCUUCAGAUUGCAAAGAGGGAUUAUGUUCCUGGGCAGCUGACUGUGGGUGGAAAGCAAAUAAAUAAUUUGACAUUGGUUGAGGCUGGUGCCCACGCUGUAGAUAUUUGUGAAGAAGAAAAGGGUGAUGAAUUAAAUCUGAACAUGAUUGGAACUAUAAAUCAUGGUGAAGUUACUGUUAAUAAUGCAUCUGAAAGCAAGAUUGAUAGAGAUAAGCUAAUCAUCUUUCUGGAGGAAGAGGUAAAUUCCCUCAAAGCAAGAAUUGCAGAAUUUGAACAAAAGCACCAGUCUAAGAUGUCCAUUGGAGAAGAAGAGAAUGGGUCAGAGAAAUCCUCUCUCAGAAAGUUAUCUACUGAUCAGAACCACUCAAAGACGAGCUAUACUCCUUACAUUAAAUACACUAAGCUUGCUUUCAAGGUUGACACAUUCUUUGCUGUUGGGUCACCUCUUGGUGUCUUUCUUGCCCUUCGAAAUGUCCGCAUAGGAAUUGGUAGAGGACAAGAUUACUGGCAAGAUGAAAGAAUUUGCGAAGAGAUGCCACGCUGUCGACAAAUGUUCAAUAUAUUUCACCCUUUUGAUCCUGUAGCAUAUAGAAUAGAACCACUUGUCUGCAAAGAAUACAUCAGCAAACGCCCAGUGAUUAUACCCUAUCACAGGGGUGGAAAGAGGUUGCAUAUUGGAUUCCAGGAAUUUACUGAAGAAUUAGCUGCUCAUUCUCAAGCUGUAGCAAAUCAUUUGAAGUCUGUACAGGUUAAAGUGGUGAACAUUUUUCGGUCCAAAAACAAGAAUGACAUUGAUGCUUCUGUUGAAGAUGAACAUAACACAGAAAAAUCUUAUGGUUCAAUCAUGAUUGAAAAACUGACUGGAAGUGAAGAUGGUCGAAUUGAUCAUGUUCUCCAAGACAAAACAUUUCAGCAUCCAUACAUAUCAGCUCUUGGAUCACAUACAAAUUACUGGCGUGAUCCUGACACUGCUCUUUUCAUUCUCAAGCAUUUGUAUCGGGACGUACCGGAGGAACCUGAUUCACCAGGACAAUCAGAGGCUGGGUGUGGUUCCAGAAAACAAAACGGGCCAGCUGGUUUAUAUUUUGACAGGGAUGAUGCGGAUGAAGACCUUCCUUUGACAUUCUCAGAUCAUCUUAUGAUCAGGGAAUUCUCUAGGAAAGCGAAGAAGGCCAUGACCAGUGGUUAACUAUCUCCUGAAUUCUUCUAUAUGAACACAAAACACAGCUGGGGUGUACAUAUUGAAAAUUCUGAAUAUGAUGGCAAAAGCCCUUGCGCUAUUUAUGAAGUUGCUGUGUUUUUUCUAGUAAGCUCAAAUCCUUGAAUUAUGCUCAAAUUUGAUGGCUUACAAAAUAACCAUGCAUCUAAUGAGCCAUCCCUUUUUUUCUGUGAAAUUUGUUCAGAGUUCUUAAUGUAUAGUUUCAUGUAACAUGUUUGAUUGUCAAAGUGGAGGAUUUUACUGCAUAUUUGAAAGUGUUAUUGUAAAUAUUACACCUCACAAGCAACUUUUUGGGUUUUUAUAGUUGAAACAAAAUCUCACCAUAAUGUUCAAAUGAAUUUUGUGGCA